CGACACAGCCCAUUUGUUUGUAAGCUUAUCUCCAAAUCGCACAGCCUCAUCCGCUCGUGUCGUCCGAGCAGACCACUCAUCAUCCCGUCAUCCGUCAUGGCGGCCUCCUCCUUCCUCAGGCCACUCCUCCCUCCCCAACCCCUCCUCUCCGCCCGCAGACCCCACCUCCCCGCUGCUCCCACCACGAGCACCACCACCGUACGCUGCACUGCCGCGCCCAAACCGGCCACCUCGACGCCGAAACCCAGCCAGGAAGAGGCCAACAGCCGAGCACUACAGCAAGUAGAACCCACUCCGGACGAGGCGAACGGCAACCCGAACAGCAUCCCCGACUCGGAGACCCCGGUGUCGGCGACGGUGACCACCUCCUUCGCGGUGGCUCGUCGGCUGCCGUCCGCCAUCUCCCCGGACCGGCGGCCGCGGACGGCGCUGACGCAGGAGGAGCCGCCCAACUACGAGAUCGGGUGGAAGCGCACCAAGGCGCUUCCGCUGGAGAAGCCCCGCGGGUGGGCCGUCGCCGACUUCCUGGAGAAGCUGGAGGGCCUGCUGGCGCGCGGCCGGUACGGGUCCGCGCAGCUGCUGGGCACCGUGGCCGGCGUGGUGACGGAGCGCGCCCGCGAGGAGACCGAGGUCCUGGUGGCCGAAGGCGGCGUGGAAGAGCGCGUCGUCACGGAGCUCUUCCGCGUGCUCCGCCUCGUGGAGAUGGACGUGGAGAUGGUCAAGGCCGCCGUCAAGGAGGAGACCGUCAAGGAGCGCGUCGAGACCGCGCGCGCACGCUGCCGCCAGGCCAUCCUCGUCGCCCUCUCGCUCUGACGCUGAUCUGAUCGGCAGUAUACACGCCUUUCUGUAAUAACUACAUAAACAAACGAGAUUAGCGUGAUAGUAUUGGCUUAUUCGAUUACAGAAAUACUGAUGUUAUAAACAAACGAGAUUCCGCGUGCUGGGUUAUGUGAUCGGUCCAAACAUCAGUAUUUCGUUAGCACUGUUCCUUUGGGGUGAAAAGCCAUGGCAGAAAAAUACUGUUUGCUGAUUUGUUUCUUAGAAGAAAAACACCGGAUACCUUCAAACGAAUAGUGAAAUUGAUGCCGCAGUGGAUGCAGUAUUACAUGUGUGCAGGGUAUGCUAUCGUAUUAUGGACGAUAUGUACAAAUCUGCACUGUUGAUCUAGGAGAGUUUCCUCUCCUUUGUUUCA